GUUUUUGUGUGAUGGAGAGAGCACGCACCCAAGAAGAAAAAGAUAUCUAGUCUUUCUCUUCCCCCCCCCCCUUUUUGAUGGUCUCUAAGUGUGAAACAUAGAAAAGCUUUCUCUUUUGCUUAUUUCAAAGGAGAGUGUGUGUGUGGUGCUUGAUAUUCACAAAAGGUCUUGACGUCUUCUGUUAGGUAGCAAGCAUUACAAGGAUUUUGCUUAGUCUUCUCUCUUAUUUGAUAUUUUCUUAUAUGCAAAGCUUUGCAGGAUUUGUUGUUACUCUGGCAGGUCUCUCCACAUCUUCUUGCUAUGGACUGUAACAUGAGAUCUCCGUUGCUGUGGGACUGGGAGAAUCUGAUCAUCUCCAAUCCUUCAAAUGACAAAAAGCAGCUUACUACUACUACUACUAGUGAGUGGGAAAUUGAAAAGGGUGAAGGAAUUGAAUCUUUAUUUCCCUGUUUGGAUGGCCUCCAGAGAGUUAGUAAUGACUCUACCACCAGUUUCAGGCACACCAUUUCUGUAUCAAAAAGCUCACAGUCGAUCUCUGCGAGCUCAGCAUCUCCCAUAAUCAGACAAACAAAGCUUGCAUCAGAAAAUUCCCCUGGAGAUUCUUGCAGCAACAUAGAUUUUGUCCAGGUGAAGACAUCCACAGCUGUUGAAUCAGACCUUUGUUUAAAACUUGGAAAGCGGAAGUACUCUGGUAGAGACGUUUCUACGAAGCUGUUGGCUCCUUGUGUUGUUACUCGGAAGAAAUCUAAGUCCUGUGGUCAGAGCAGCAUGCAAGUCCCUCGUUGCCAAGUUGAUGGAUGUGAACUGGAUCUCUCAUCUGCUAAGGACUAUCAUCGUAAGCAUAGAGUCUGUGAAACCCAUUCAAAGUGCCCCAAAGUUACUGUGAGUGGCGUGGAACGACGAUUCUGCCAACAGUGUAGCAGGUUGCAUGCCGUCUCUGAGUUUGAUGAGAAGAAACGAAGCUGCCGCAAACGUCUUUCUCAUCAUAAUGCAAGGCGUCGCAAGUCACAAGGAGUCUUUCCAUUUAAUCCAGAGAGGGUGUAUGAUCAAAGACAGCAUACAAAUGUUGUGUGGGGUACCACUUGUGAUACAAAGCCAACACAGAGGGAAAGUGGCUUUACCUUGAGCUUCCAGAGAGGCAAUGGAUCUAAGGAAGAGCAGUUGUUUGCUAGUAGCAACCACUCUUUAUCUGCGUAUCAAACCUCAGGCGGGUUCUCAGCAGGGAAGAACAAGUUUCAACUUGGUGCGGGAGAAUGCUCAGAAGUCCUCCAUCAAUCUCAAGAUUUCCACCGUGCUUUCUCUCUUCUGUCAACUUCUUCUGGUCCCCUGGUUCACCCACAUGCACAGCAACCACUGUCUCUACUUUUUUCAUUUGAUGGUGUGCCAAAAUAGGCGAGUAAGUGAUUUGGAAUUUGUAAAACCAGUUAGCUUCAGCUAGUGGAUACUAAUCCAAACCUAUCAGAUCAGCUGCCUCCUUUUGUUUGUUAUCUUUAUUCUUGUUUCGUUACUAAUUAGUAAACAAAGUUACUUGUCAACGAAACACUAAACAGUGAAUAUAUAUAUAUAUAUAUAUAUGAUAUAACUCUUGUUGA